AGUUCGUUGCCUCAUUAAUGAUGGAAACCUCCACGUCUUCGCCACGAAAAACUCGUCGAUCAGAUGGACCCAUUGCUACCCCACUGGAAUGUUUUCGACAAGGAAAAGAUAGUGUAUCCAUGAGAAACGCGCUCGCCGAGUUGGCCAUGAGACUGGUGGAUGCCGACGACCGCGAGGAGUUUCGAAAAGCUGAUGGUGUCACUGCGCUUGUGGUUGCGCUAUGUCAUGCCAGUAUCGAUUCAGAUAUCUCAGCCGAGAUGCACGAGCUGGGAACAAUCGAGACUGUAUUCCAGACACUGAGUGUUCUUCCAGAACAACUCAAUGACUACGUUCCGUUUGUUCUCGAAGGAUUGAGAAAUCUCUGCGGUUCAGGCUGCGAAUGCACAAAAUUACCCACCGACUUGGUCCAAAGUAUAUGGGAGAUACUACUAUCUGACAAAGGCUCAUUAUACUGGCGAGAACUUGCAGCUGAAGUGCUCACUAACGUCACAGCGGUAGAUUCAAGUCGUGUGUCUGCUAUACCCGAGAGGUUAUCAGCGGCUUUAUCGCUCUUCUUACGAGCUGCUACCGAUCCGGAUACUAUAAAUUUCGGCAUUGCAUUAUCUGAUCUACUUUGUAAUUUGUGCUGCGAUCAAGCCUACUGUCUCCUAUUGAUCUGUGAGCUGGACACUCGUCGUCCUCCGGGUCAUUUCCGUCACAGUGGUGUCGUGUAUCUCGCCGAAUUGACUGAAAAGACUCGAGACGACGCACUCAAACAGAGCAUGGAAGCACUUGUACACAACCUCUCGUGGAGCGAUCCAGCAGGCAAACGCAGUAUCCAGAAACUCGCCUUGUCCAGCUUCAUGAACACUUUCGCGUUAGAACCAGGAGUUAGCAGCUAA